AUGGCUGCAUUUGAGGAUUGCUGGUUUAUUUCUGUUCUCUUUACAGCUGAUAUAAUUUCAACAGUUGAAUUUAAUUACACUGGUGAUCUUCUUGCAACAGGAGACAAAGGUGGCAGAGUGGUUAUAUUUCAAAGGGAACAAGAGACUAAAAGCCGUCCUCUAGCUCGGGGAGAAUACAAUGUUUACAGUACCUUCCAGAGUCAUGAGCCUGAGUUUGACUACUUGAAAAGUCUAGAAAUUGAGGAAAAAAUUAAUAAAAUUAGGUGGUUACCACAACAGAAUGCUGCUCACUUCCUGCUGUCUACAAAUGAUAAAACUAUUAAACUAUGGAAAAUAAGUGAAAGGGAUAAACGAGCCGAAGGUUAUAACUUAAAAGAUGAAGAUGGAAGACUUAGGGAGCCUUUCCGAGUCACAGAACUACGGGUGCCAACACUGAAGCCCAUGGACCUGAUGGUGGAGGCCAGCCCUCGCAGGACCUUCGCCAAUGCGCACACCUACCACAUCAACUCCAUCUCUGUCAACAGCGACUACGCCACGUACCUGUCUGCCGACGACCUCCGCAUCAACCUCUGGCACCUGGAGGUCACCAACAGGAGCUUUAACAUCGUGGACAUCAAACUUCCUUCCUUCCUCUGGCAUUGGUUUCAUGUGGAACUGUGUGUUCUCUCUGCAGUUUUUGAGGAACCUGAAGAUCCUAGCAGCAGAUCAUUUUUUUCAGAAAUAAUAUCCUCGAUAUCUGAUGUGAAAUUCAGCCACAGCGGGCGAUACAUGAUGACAAGAGACUACCUGUCUGUCAAGGUGUGGGACCUCAACAUGGAGAACAGGCCCGUGGAGACCUACCAGGUGCACGAGUACCUGCGCAGCAAGCUGUGCUCCCUGUACGAGAACGACUGCAUCUUCGACAAGUUCGAGUGCUGCUGGAACGGCUCCGACAGUACAAUCAUGACUGGAUCUUACAACAACUUCUUCCGGACGUUUGAUCGGAACACGCGCCGGGACACCACCCUGGAGGCCUCCCGGGAGAGCAGCAAGCCUCGUGCCAUCCUAAAGCCACGCAAAGUGUGCACAACCGGCAAGAGGAAGAAGGAUGAAAUCACCGUCGACAGUCUGGACUUCAACAAGAAGAUUCUGCACACAGCAUGGCACCCCAUGGAGAACAUCAUCGCUGUAGCUGCCACCAAUAAUUUGUAUUUAUUCCAGGAAAAGGUUAACUAAGGAUGGCUGCCCGCGGACAGAGUCUCGUCUCACAUAGUUCAGCUCAGUUGUUUUUCUGUAACAGAAGGCCUUGUUGUCCUGUCAGUGAGGAACAUUGAUGCACUUACUUCCCUUGAGCUGUCGGAGAGCAUCUGGCCUGGCUUUGAGUUCCUGGCGUGGUUCUGCCUUCGGUGGGGUGGGAGCAUCCACGCGGCUUUCGGGGAGGACCCUCCGAGGCAGAAUUGGUGGACAGUGCUCAAUGAGGCCAACACUCAAAACAAAUGUAUUUAUUGAUGUCUGAGCCUUCCUUUCCAGUUUAUAGACCAAAAAGUUUAACACCUGAGAAGCAAAAGUUGUCACAAAAAUGUAAUUUCUCUCUCUCGCUCUCUCUGCUGUAAUAUUUGGGCCUUUCAGAACAUUUCUCGUGCUUGAUGCCUGUCCGUUCCUCCUCGGGCCCGGGCCAGGGCCUGACCUCGGAGCAGGGCUUGAGCUGGGGUCUAGGCAGGUGUCCAUGGCUAUUUACCUGUACCUAUAACCACACCUUCUGGUGGAAACCACUUAAUAAAUAACAGCCUAUCAAACGUGUUCUUAGAGCUGGAGGGAUGUAUUCAGUCUACUUUUUGUAUUGCAUGUCCUGAGCUGGUGCAGAACAGUUCUGGUGGCACCUCUGACAGGGUUUGCCCCAAAACACCAAGUUUUUGGCAGACUAAUCCAAACUUUUUUGUGUAGUAUUUCAGAUUCUGAAUUUAGAGUUUCCAUGGCAUUGUCAUAGAGUUGGAGUUGCACUGGAUUUGUUGUCAAAGGCUCUGUGUGUGCCAAGCAGGAGAUGGAAAGGGUCCUAGAAACAUCCACAGCCUUAACCAAGUGUCGGCCUUGCACGGAGGGAACCGAAACGUGGACACCUUCUCUGCCCUGAGGGUAAGCGUGCGGCUUCCUGGUGCAUCUCACCCUCAGGCAGAGACACACCUGACGUGCGUUAUGGUUUUUAACCUUUUUAGUAUUUGUCACAAAGGGAACAGUUUAUUUUAAGUAUCUGGCGUGGAAUCUUGCAUUUCCCACUGCAGUUCAAGAGCCACUCCGGGCUGGGCUGCCCAGGGAGGCCCCGGCUGGCGGGCCAGCAGCUGCUGGAGCUCUCUUGCUCACUUGUUUUAAGCCUUAGGUACUGUUUCUUUCUUUGUUUUUUUUUUCUUCCAAAGAGGCCUAAAUCGCAUCCCCUUCCCCCGGAUGAGCCCGGGGCCGUGUCCAGCAGCCCCCAGCAGCCAGAGGCUGCACUCUGCCAGGUGCCUGCAGCCCGGGAACUCCUUCCCAGAGCCCCAAGCUUUCCCCCAGCCAGCCCCAAGUGGUUACACUCCGUUUUCCCUGGAACGAAGGCGUGUUCCAGUCCCAAGAGCAAACCGUGGCCGUCCCGCCCUCCCGGUACCGCCCCCCGAGCCGCUGGGUCCCCGGAAGGUGGGAAGGACAAAGCCCGAGGUUCUCCCGGGAAAGGCUCGGUCCAGCCGCUCCUGUGCUGUUCGUUGGUUGUGACACUUUGGAGAUGUGGAACUGGGGGGUCGCUGAAGCGUUGAUCCGACCGCGUUCCCAACGCCCGCUCGAGCCGAUCCGUGGGGUUGUACAUAAUUGUUCAGUUCUUUUGACCAAAAAGUUUAAUAAAUUUUAAAUGUUUA